AUGGUUAAUGUUAUUGUAGAGUUCCUAGGGGGACUAGAUGCUAUAUUUGAGAACAAAAGGAAAUACAACAUUAAGUUUUCUUCACAAAAUGGACAAGAAACAGUUGGUGAUUUAAUUAAUUACAUUGUCGAGAAUAUGAUUAAAAAUCAGAGGGACAAAGAGUUUUUUAUUCAAGAUAACAGUAUAAGGCCAGGAAUUCUUACUUUAAUUAAUGAUACAGAUUGGGAGCUUGAGGGUGAACAGGAAUACAUUUUAGAAGAUGGUGACGUUAUUUCAUUUACGUCUACUUUGCACGGUGGAUAG